AGCCAAAUCGACAAUUUGGGCAGCUUUGCAGCUAUUGCAAGCUGUUUGUGGUUGGAUUCAAGUUUAUGAAAUUGCACCUCCUUCCAACUGCCUUUUGCGGAUGACAUACACAAAUUCAAAGAGGCCAUUUAAGGUUGCAGUUCAGCAUUUAAUGCUGUUGUCGUCUACUGAACUCUUUUAGUGGAAAAACUCCGGAAUGAGACUAUUGUGCACUGUGUUUUUCUUUGGCCUUUUAGUAAUGGCCAGUGAAGUUCUUGAAACAUGUGCCAUAUUGACAGGCCAGGUCCCACAGGUAUUAUCCUAUUCCUUGGACAAGCUUGGUGUUAGCUUGCAAAUGCACAAGGUUGUCGCCUCGUCGGUACAGACAUCCAAGAUGCGGUGUGCAGCUACCUGCAUGGCAACUGCCAGUUGCACACAUUUCUGCUACGAGCCAACAACUAAGCGUUGCCUGCUAGAGAACGCUGACUCGGACAUUGUGUCCAAAAGUCUGGAGAACACAGGAAUUUGCUACCAAACAUGCUCAGUCAAGUGUUCAACCCCGAGGCCGUUGGGAAUGGAAGACUAUACCAUCACCAAUGCACAAAUCUCAGCGUCCAGUAAUUACUACACAGGAUGCUGUCAUGCCCAUUAUGCACGGCUCAAUAGACUUAUCCGAUGGUCACCAUUAAGUGGUGACUCUUAUCCCUGGAUCGAGGUGGACCUUAUGGAGAGAACAGUAGUGUCCGGUGCCAGUACGCAGGGAAGUCCGUUCGACUACUGGUACGUUAAGAAGUACAAAGUGGCAUACCAGAGGCAACCCUCGUCUGAGCGCGUAUACGUGACAGAUGGAAAGGGACACGUCGCGACAUUCACUGGUAACACUAAUCGCCACGCUCCGGUCACUAACCUGUUUGAUGAGAGUGUGGUGGCCACGUCGGUGCGCAUCGAGCCUACCAGUUGGAAUGGUUGGAUUGGACUCCGGUUUGAGUUGCUUGGGUGUCCUCGUGAUUAAUUCAGAACUAAUUUGCAGCCCCGACAAAUACAAAUUAAGAUUAUUUUGAUUUCCAGCAGACAAUGAUAUUUGACGAGGUUGCAAUUGAUGAUACUCAAUGUAUAUCACAGAGAAGCAAUACACUGAUCACUUAUAUAUUCCUCUGAAUAAUUUAUUCCUACUCUGUUAUGUACAUGUAUACACACAAUUUCUGUGUGUGUCAGCUUGUGUAACGUUACCGCACACGAUGCUGUGUUCGUCCCGUGUUUUAACUCAAACCACGAUGGAUUGACCUUGCGGUAGUCCAGACUAUUCUACUGUAGUUGUACAUUCCUGAAGUAUCCUGUAUGAUAUCGUUAUUUCUAGCUGUCUGAAAGUUUCUUGUAAGAUUAAAUAAUGCUAAAAUGUGUAUUUGAAAAAACUCACGUAGUAGAAAGAAAUUUUGGGAAGAGUUGUAAAUUAUAAAAGACGGGCUCUAGUGGGCAAAGUCAGAAGGAGACUAAAGGAGGGAAAGAGACGCGCAUGCGCACCAAGAGAGGAUAUGGAAUUCAAUUCUACCGUGGGCGUGUUCUAAGAAGUCGUUGACUUAUUUACUUUUCCACUAUUUCAGUUAGUGAUGACGAGUUGUCUGCGCAACGACACUUGUAAAAAAAUUCGUUCAGACCAAGUGAAGUGCAAUGCUGAAUUUUGUUCCGGAAGAGACAGUUUGUGAACUGAACCCAGUUCCAGUUUGGAGUAGCAAAGUUCCCGUAUUUGCAAGGGUCAUCACGCCCUCGCCAUUUCGUCUCGAGCCCGGUCAUUCUUAUUGAACGUGGUCUUUGUUCCCAUUCCAGCUCAUUUUUGCACCUUCAAGGAAUAAACUGUUUUUCGCCAUCUAUAGAGUCCAUCAUUCUUUGCUGUAGUGUGUACCAAGCUCUAGGUCCGUUAGAUCAUCUUGUUUAUAUAGGAUUUUUUGUCUUGAUUCCUUAUCCUUAUCAUUGUAAACUAGUUCCAAUUACCUUUUUUUCGUUUUCUGUUACUUGCUAAGCGUAACAUUCUCCUUAAAUCAUAAUUUUUAUUUGUUCGUUAAAUCAGUAUGAUCGUGUUUGACUUCUUUACUGCAUUGAGCAAGAAGGACUUUCUUUUUGUCAAAUAUUUUCAAUUUUCUUUUGAUUUGCGCAAUAUGCGGGACAGGCAUGCCGUUUCAUGGCUUUUAAGUUUUAUGGCUUUUUACUGAUAAAAAAACCCUUGCAACUUUGGAUCUUCAUCAAACUUACACCACCAAUGGAUCCUUGUGAUUAGAUGUGUCUAUAGAAACGACGUCAUGGUGACGUCAUUGAAAGAUUUCUUAAU